ACAGCACACAUCUGUGUUCACUUUAAAUAAACUCUACAUACAGAUAUUCCUCAGUCAGGAACUUGGCACAGAAAUCAGACAGACUUCGUGACACAUUGGCAGAUGCAUACCUAAUCGAAGCUUAUCAAUAUUAAGUGUCCUGUAUCCCUGCUUAACAUGUUUUGAGGUGUCGCUAUCCAUAUUCAGUGUUUAUAUGCAUAACUCAUUACUGAAUGUACUUUUAGAUGAAACUCACAGAGAACGUUAAACUACUUUUAUACAACAAAAACUUUCUAUUUGUUACUCCGUGUAAUGGCGAGAACUCUACUCCAAAAGAACAGGACACCACAUUGCCAGAACUCGCAAAAGAGGAGGAAGACAAUAGCCGCUACAAAACUCUGGAGGCUAACGCUACUGUUCUGAAGCUCUUGGUUGACGAUAAAAAUGGCGUCAGCAGAUCUGAGGUGUUCGAUAUGCUCCACUCUCGCGAUGACAUCGAGUCACACAUGGACCUGCCCUCUUUUCCUGAGGACGCGGAGGCCGCUCGCGUAGAGGUGCCUUCUGUGCUGCCUGAUUCUCAGGCUGAAUUCUUACAAGGUCCUGGUGAGACAGUUCGAAAGGAUUCGCAGAAGUUCCGGUACAGCAGUGUGCGCGGCGAGCCAGCAGGCGCUGCCGCUGGCAUCAUGGUUGUUGUGACGUGCAGCAUCGUGUGUCUCGCGUACACCGCGCUCAUCGUGUGGAGAAGAAUAUACUUAAAAAGAAAUGGUCUCAAGCAUGAACUGUUAAGAAAUGAAGAAAACAUUGCUGAAACGAGGAUAGAGUUGUGAACGUGCCAAUCAGAGGAGCCAUCUGAACAAAA